UGUGGGGUGUGGGACUUCAGACAAAGGAGACAUAAACACACUGACACUGGAUCACUGGAGCAAAAAAAGAGUAGGAGACGACUAAGGGAGACGAUUCCCAACUCUUGGACUACUUUUUCUCUAUAUUUUGGAGAAAACAAACUUUAUGUAGAGGAGAUUUUUGAGGGGGGGUGUGAUACCUUGGAUCGGUUUGUGAGCUGAGACAUGUUUGUGUUGGAGAAGUGGUGGCCAUAUGUUGCCCAGACUGUGUAGAAGUGUGUGUGUUUGGGAUGGAAAAGUGGAGCUGGCACGAUCAACAUUUCUGCUCUUAGCUUCACGCCAUGGGGGGGUGCCAUAGUUACCCCUCGGCUAAAGAAGCAGACGGGAAGACCCUUCAGCCCUCUGACAUCAGCAGUGACAAAUUGGGGAUUAAUAACAAUAACCAGGAAGCGCGUCCAUAUCUGCAGCAGCAGUAUGUGUGUCAGCGGAUCACACAUGCAGACAUGUAUGCCCUCAUAGCUCUGCCGCCUGGCGUCGACAAGGCAGAGUGGCUUGCCAGCAACACUGUGGCAUUUUUCAAGCAUAUAAACCUGUUCUCCAGUGCCCUAUCAGAGUUCUGCACUCCCAGCACAUGCCCAACUGCCUGUGGACCAGGCAACGCGGUUUAUGUUUGGACUGAUGACCAUGGCAGGAAGCUUAAGUGCUCUGCUCCACUUUACUUUGACUACGCCAUGUCAUACAUUCAGGACCUACUGACUGAUGAAGACGUGUUCCCUACAAAAGCAGGUGCAAAAUUUCCGACAGGCUUCGUGUUUAUGGUCCAGAAGGUGUUUCUGUUGUUGUUCAGGACAAUGGCUCACAUUUAUUGGUCUCACUACACACAGGCCCAGCAGGUGGGUCUGCACCCGCACCUCAACACGCUUUUCAUGCACCUGACGCUCUUCUGCCGGCACCAUGAGCUGCUGGAUCCAGAAGACACUGAGCCACUGCAGGACCUCAUCACAGCUUUGGGACGACAAGGGUGAACUUAAAGGGCAGCCGCAGAUAUUGUACAAUCACAUCAUUGCACGCUUAUUUAUUUCUUAAAGCUGAUUGUCUCUCACCACUCUGGGCCAAAUUUAAACGUAUUCCCCAGUAUAGAUUUUUAAAGAAAGCUCUAUAAGGAGAGCAAUGCAAAGAAACAAUGCUCCUGUUCUGUAGAAUUGGACUGAAGUGUAUGACUAUUGCAUGCUUUGUUUUGUUGUUGUUGGGGUUUUUUUUUUGCUUUUUUAACAUAAUGGUGCACUAUUUUACUUUGAUAAGGUCAAGAUCUUCAAGGUCACUUAACCAAACAAACCCAGUUUGUGCCAUUUUUGUAUUUUGUGCACCGUGCAAAAAUGCUGCAUCUGCAUCUUCAUGUAUUUUAGAGUACUUUGUAAUAAAUAUUUGUGAGCCAUUAUCUGUACAGUGGAACUGAAAAGCAUGCAUACUUUAUUUUGGAGAAAUUAGUGAAUGCAAAAAAGUGGAAAGAAUUGGUUAAAGACAGGGAGGGACUUUGUGUUUGAUCCUGAAGUGGGUGCUGGUGCUGUUUUAUUUAGCAUAUUUUCAGGUCUUUGGUUUAUAAUCAGCGCCACCUGCUGCUAGUAAAGGAAUCCAGCACGUAUCACAUUUUCCCUGCACCAUCUGUAAAUAUUUGUUUACAUACUGGAUUUAUGAUUAAACUGACUUAUGAGAGUUAAA